AUGUUAUUACUAAAAACAAUUAAGACUUUAUUAAUUUCUUCAGUAUUGGUUGUCGCAUUUGCCUCGACAAUUAUCACAGCUCAUGGGUCAACAAGCGGUGAUACCACAAUUCCUCCUCCUCCACCAACAGUUUAUGCCACAGACAAAACGACUUUUGCUCCCGGUAACGUAGGCCUUGGAUUUGGGCUUACUGCCCUUGCAGCAUUCGCCUCUGCACUAGGUUCCUUUACACCAUUACUUGAUUUUUUAUUUCCAUAUAUUCCAUGGUGUAGAAACUUUCGAAUCACACAAUCAAAGGGUUUUCUCGCUGGCUCGUUAUCAUUUUCUGCUGGAAUAUUAAUAUUCCUCACAUUAGGCGAUCUUUACCCAGAGGCAAAAUCAUCAUUCCAAGAAUCUGGUCUUUUUAAUCCAAAAUACGCUGACAUCGUAGCCGCUUCGAUAUUCGUUGCAACGAUUUUAUUAAUCAUGAUAGGAAAACUCAUUUUUGGUCGCUAUCACAAACAUGACCUGCAUGAAAAUUUUGAAACCCAAAGUGAAUCAAUUGAUGUAAAAAAAGUUGACACGGAAAAAAACGUGGACGAGAAUACGUCGACAGUCGUAAAUCCCCAUGAUGCUCAAAGACUAAAAAGUUUGGGCAUUCAGAUUGCCGUUGCUUUGGCUAUUCACAAUUUUCCGGAAGGAUUAUCCGCUUUUGCAACUGCCAUUGCAAAUGCUAAAAUCGGUGUUAUAUAUGCAAUUGCACUAUCCUUACACAAAAUUCCUGAAGGUCUUAUCAUUUCUUUACCAAUAUAUUAUGCCACCGGUUCUAGAUGGAAAGCUUUUUUGAUAGCCGCGUCUGUUGGUGUAACUUCACAAAUGCUUGGCGCUGUUCUAGGCUAUGUUAUUUUUAUUACUGUAUGGAAUCAAGCUGUUUCGGGAUUUCUUUUUGCUAUUGUCACCGGUGCUUUACUUUACGUUAUCUUGCACGGCAUGUUACCAUUGGCUCGUAGUUAUGAUCCUGAGGAUAAAUAUUGUACUUACUGUGUAUGUAGCGGCUUGUUCUUCUUCGCGAUUGUCGCUUCUCUUUUUAACCUUUGA